UCGAUAUUGAGCCCAGAGAGAGCUGCUACACCAAGAAAGCAAUGACAAGACUGGCCUUGUAUGGAGCCGUAUCAACGGCUCUGGCGACAGCUGUCGUCCUCGGCGCUUUCAUGUCGAGGCCGAACUUUUACGCCGCAGCUGUCUAUCUAUCACAAUCCAAUGCACAUCUCAUCGUCCUGGCAAACUUUGCGCUGUGUCUAACAUUAGCAAUCACGCAUGGUCUUCAGCUACUGCUGUUCGGCCCUCUACGAUUGAUUGAGCGUGAACGGUUAUACGAGAGAGGAUGGUAUGCACUGACAGAGACAUGUUUGGCGAUGACAGUUUUCAGGGAGGAGUUUGACGUGAGGUUUAUCGUUUGCUUUGUGUGUCUGUUGAUUGCCAAGGCUGGGAUUUGGUUGUGUGAGGAUCGCGUAGACUAUAUGGAACAGAUGCCAUACGGCUCUCUGCCAUGGUACUUUCAUGCGCGGAUGGGCGCCGCCCUUUCACUCCUUCUCACAACGUCAGUGACCUUCGUUCACCACGCCUUCGGGUCGACGCUCGUGCACGGACCUAACAUGAUGAUCAUGUUCGCAUUUGAGUUCGGUAUCGUCACCGGACAAGCCGCUGUCAAUGUGGCGAAGUAUACCCUCAAUAUCCUCGACCUUCGACGAAGUGAUGCGGAUGAAGAACCCUGGGAAGCCAAGUCCACCUACGUGUUCUACCUGGAGCUAGCGUUGGACCUUUACAAACUCCUCCUUUACCUCGCCUUCUUCCUUCUCAUCGUGCAUUUCUACGGUUUACCCCUCCACAUCCUCCGCGAUCUCUACCUCACCGUACGCUCGUUCGUCACCCGCGUCCGCGACUUUCUUCGUUACCGUCGCGCGACCCGCGACAUGAACGAACGCUAUCCCGAUGCAACACCUGCCGAACUCGAGGCGACUGGUGACGCAAUUUGCAUGAUUUGUCGAGAGGAGAUGUUAUUGCGCAGGGAAGGUGGCGACCCCGUGAGGGAUAGGGAAAGGGCAAAGAAGUUACCUUGUGGUCAUAUUUUGCAUCUUGGAUGUUUGAGGAGCUGGUUGGAGAGGCAGCAGAGUUGCCCGACGUGCAGGAGACCUGUAUUUCCACAGAAUGAGCCACGGCCCAAUGCCGCACGACCACCACUUGGUGGUCAAGGAGGCGCGAAUGCCUUCUUCGCGGGUGCUGGGAAUGUGUUUGCCGGUGGCUUCGCGGGUGGUGCAAACUUUGUGCCACCUCCUGCCGCUGGGGCACCGCAGGCGAACGGACCUGCCGGUCCCGCAGCACAGCCGAACGGGGUUGCUUAUCAGCUUCCUCCAGGAUUGCAUUUACCACCUGGAUGGACGGUGCUGCCACUUGGCGGAGAGCUUAGGCAUGCCGUUCUGGGUGGGCAUGGCGUGCCUCUUCCGACACCGACGCAGCCGGCUGAUGGAGGAGCUGCGAACCCACACGAGCCGCCGGUGCUCAUCCCACUUAACACCCCUGCUGCACCUGGUCGGGCAGCGUCGUCGCCACAACCCGGCCCUGCCGUACCCACUGCAUCCCAGUCCGAUGGAUUAUCACGGCCAUCCCCAGGUGUGUCACGACAUCAUUCGACGUCAGCCACUGAGCCUCCGACUACAAAUACUCCUCUAAUGUCGUGGUUACGCGACGAGAUCAUGAGCUUGCGAAUCGAGGUUCAGCAUACGACACAGAGACUGGCCAGCGCCGAGUCCAGAUUAAUAGCGAUAGGUUCCGCACUUGAGAACGCUAUCCGCACCGAUGAUGGCGCCUUCGUUCCGCCUGCUUCACCUUCACCAGCUCUUUCCGUACCCCGCAGUCCUGCCCUUCUGCCGACACUAGGUUCGUUCGCGCGAAGACGUAGUACGGCAGAGAUCGCAGCAGACGUGAGGGAGAAGCUACAACCCAUAUUGAAGGAAAAGAUGGAGAAGGUGCAUGCUACGAUGAUGGAACAGCGGAGAAGGAGCGUCACAGCACCUAUUGGUUUCGAGGAACCAGUAUUCGAAGAAGACGAGGACGAGAAGCCGAAAGAGUCUGUAGCGGAGGCGGUAGGAAGCUCAUCACAACCGAGGAGUUCUUACGUUGGGGAGUUGCGGGAGGAAGAAUGCGCCGUAUUUGAGGAAUUUGGAAGUGUUGCAGCGAGCUCGCCUACACGAGAGACGAGUUUGGCGCGAGAUGACCACUCAACGUCAACUCCGUCCCGAGCAUCAAGUAUUCGGAGUACGAUAGGGAGGAGUGUCAGAUCGAGACCGAGCAGCAACGCAAGCGCCAGCAUGUUGCAAUUGACCCCUGGGAAGGGCAGAGCUGUUGAGCCAAGUUUGACAUUGUCGAGAGUGGAGGAUACCCCGGAUGACGUGGAAGGAACACCAAGUGCAGGGGAUAAGGGAAAAGGAACAGCAGAUCCAUUGCCAUCGGAGUAAAAAUGUCAUAUAUUGCAAGCAUUCUAGCUACUCACAGGCACAGCAAGGAUUUAUCACAGUCUCUAAAGCCAAUCGAGUCAGCUUUCAUUCCUUUGAAUUCAAAUUCACUCAAUGAUCCAGGUGCGACAGCACAGACGAGACAGAAGUAUGUUCAGGUUAU